AUGUUGCAGAGCACCACCACCAUCUUCUUCCCCACUCUUUCAUUCUCACCAUCACAAUCUCGCCACCCAAUUACUCUCCUCUCUCUCCCAUCCUUUUCAUAUCACUACACUCAUUCCCAGUUCCCUCCAAAUCAUCAACCCAAAAAGAAGCCGCAAUUCCAGCGACUCUGUGGCUCUUACGAGGUCGGUGGAGGCUUCCCAGAUGACGUAUUGGGCGCCCAAAACCGGGAUAAAACCACCCAAGAGAAGACCGACCCGGCCCAGAUUGAAGCCCUCCUCAAAGGUGGAGAGCAAGUCACUUCUGUCCUCGAAGAAAUGAUCACCCUCUUGGAAGACAUGAAGAUGGAUGAGGCGUCUGAAGAGGUGGCAGUGGAGAUAGCUGCACAAGGAGUGCUGGGGAAGAGAGUGGAUGAGAUGGAGGCCGGCUUCAUGAUGGCUUUGGAUUACAUGAUUCAGCUUGCUGAUGAUGACCAAGAUGACAAGCGUAAGUCGCUAUUGGAGGUGAUCAAGGACACAGUCUUAUCCUACCUUACCAAAAAAUGCCCCCCACACGUUCAAGUGAUUGGCCUACUGUGUAGAACUCCUCUGAAAGACAGCAGACAGGAAUUACUACGCAGAGUGGCUGCUGGUGGUGGUGUAUUUCAAAGUAAAAAUGACGUCAAAGUUCAUGUUCCAGCUGCAAAUCUAAAUGAAAUUGCCAAUCAAGCUGAUGAUUUACUGGAGACAAUGGAAACUCGGCCAGUAGUUCCGGAUCGGAAGUUACUUGCAAGGCUUGUUUUGAUCAGAGAGGAAGCUCGAAAUAGGAUGGGCGGUGGAAUACUAGAUGAGAGAAAUGAUCGUGGGUUUAAGACUCUUCCUGAAUCAGAGGUGAACUUCUUAACCAAACUGGUAGCUUUGAAACCGGGGAAGACUGUGGAGGAGAUGAUAAAAAAUGUAAUGGAAGGAAAAGACGAAGGUGCAGAAGAGUCAGGCAGUGAUGACAAAAAUACUACCAGCAAGAAGGGAAGUGGAAUUGCAGGAAGGGAAAGUGUUACAGGACGAAAAGCGCUACCUGUGCGCCCUGGCAUGUUUCUUGAAACUGUAUCCAAGGUCUUAGGUGGCAUAUAUGGAGGAAAUGUCUCUGGCAUCACAGCACAACAUCUAGAAUGGGUUCAUCAAAAGACACUUGAAGUUCUUCAGGAAAUAGCAUUUUAAACGUUUUAUGGUAGAUCAGCCUAUGGAUUUAAUCUUGAGCAGCUGAAAUGGAUAAUAUAUAGACGAGUCUAGUUUCCUUGGUCAUUAUUGCUAACCGAAAAUUAUCAGACAGUUGGUGGGUUGACCGGAGGCUGAAAGAAAAGUUCCUAAAUUCAGGUUUAGAGUGCAGUGGAAACAAGCUGCUUGAACGCUCGCAAGGAGUCUGAAAGAAAAGUUCCUAAAUUCAGGUUAGAGUGCAGUGGAAACAAGCUGCUUGAACUGUCAAAAGCAGGUAGCUGCUGGUACAGAAAAACACUGUUUGGCAGGAAGAAUGUAAACUCCAUUUAGGAUGAAAUGCCUAUUUUUGCUAUCGAUUGCAUAACGUUUGACAGUGCUAGAGCUUGCCUCUGACUAUCUCCUUUUUACAAUGGCCAGCAAGUCAGAAGUGAAGUAUCUCGGUUUCUUCAUCUGUUGUAAAUUGUAAUGACGAGUCCUGUGUUUUAUUUAGUUCCUGAUCAUUUGAAGUUUACUUCCCAUUCAAGUCAUUAAUUUACAACUUGCGAAUUACCCUAAUUGAGCUUUGCAUAUAAGGGUCUUGGGUAUUCUCUAAGAAACUUCU